CCUGCCUUUUCGUUAGAUCGAGUCCACUACUCUUGCGUCUUUCAAUCUCCGUUUAUCCAUCUUUCUAAAGCUUCCCCUCGUUGGAGAGAGAAGAAAUAUACACGCUCGCUAUGCAUUUCCAAAAGGUUUCCGUUGCGUCGGCGUUGCUGGCGUUGCUCCCAGCGACAAUUGCUUCUCCAUAUGGUCUCUUUAAUAGGCAGGGACGAAGCAAGCUGGGGAGUAUUCCUUAUGGGGCGGACAUUUACCGCUGCACUGUGCCCGGGACAGUUGCCGUGACCUAUGAUGAUGGCCCGUAUAUAUAUACCAAUGAGGUGUUGGAUUUGCUCAAGGAGUUCGAUGUCAAGGCUACGUUUUUCGUUACCGGAAACAACAUUGGCAAAGGUGCCAUCGACAGCGCAUCCCAGCCAUGGGCCGGUGUGAUCCGGCGCAUGGAGAGCGAAGGCCACCAGAUUGCCUCUCAUACUUGGACCCACCAAGACCUCUCGAAAAUCAGUGAAGCCGAGCGGAGGGACGAGAUGCUCAAGAAUGAGGCGGCGAUCAAGAACAUCAUCGGAAAGUACCCAACAUACAUGCGCCCUCCGUACUCCUCCUGCACCGCCGAUUCCGGCUGCACGCGUACGAUGGACGACCUGGGUUAUCACAUCAUCUACUUUGAUGUUGACACCGACGAUUACAACAACGACACCCCAGCAACCAUCCAGGUCGCCAAGAACAACUUUGCCAGGGCGAUCGAUGGGACGAGUCCCGCUCAGAAUAAAUUUUUGGCCAUCGCCCACGAUAUCCACGAGCAGACCGCUCGGAGCUUGACCAGGUUUAUGCUGGAGACCAUCAAGAAGAAUGGCUAUAGAGGGGUUACUGUUGGCGAAUGCUUUGGUGACGCAAAGGAUAACUGGUACCGGACCUGAAUUGUAACAAACAACAAACAAACCUGAACAUAAAAAAUUUGAUUGGCGUUUCUUCUUCUUCUUCCUUUCAUUAAUUCUCAUUUUUCAUUUUUCAAUUUUUCAAUUUUUCAAUUUUUUAAAUCGUCAGCGGACAUGAUUACGGGUCAAGGGAAAUAAUGUUUUUUUUUUUUUUUGUAAAACCUGCAAUGGCGGGCGUAACCAUAAUGCCGUCGUGUGGGGUGACUUAUGUAGCCUAACCUCGUGCAACAAAUAAACAACUGUACCAAUUCA